AUGCUUGUGGAAGAGUCUCUUUGUCAACGUGAUUCAGAUGGUAGUGAGAAAAACAGGUACGAGAUAGAGCGUGAUGGAGACGACAAAGCUUCUGUAGAAAGGUCAAGAAAGAGGAAGAGAACGAAAUCUCCUGCCAAAGAGAAUGGAGGAGACGAGCGAGAGGUUCUUGUUGCUGGAGAUGGUGAAAGGAAUUAUGAGAACAACGAUGAUGUUGAAAGGAAUUGUGAGGACAAGGAGGUAGGGCAAAGAAAAAUAGCAAAAGAUCAAAAGAUGAAACAGAAGAAGACAUCAUGGAGAGAUAGUUCGGAUGACGAGGAAGAUCCUGUAAUUACUAGAGAUAGGAAAAUUAGGCUAGGAACAAAUGAUAAGUUGGCUAUUGGUAGAACCUUCUUCACUGCUUUUGAAAUCAAAGAGACUAUGCUCCAUUAUGCAUUGAAAAAUAGAGAAAAUCUUAGACAAAAUAGGUGGGAGAAGAACAAAAUCAGCUUUAGGUGUGCUCACACGCAAAAGUGUGGUUGGAAAGUAUAUUUUGCAUACGAUGAAUCGAAGCAGUUGUGGGUUUUGAGAACUAAAUGCAUUGGUCAUUCAUGUUCUUCUAAUGGGAAAUGCAAGCUGUUGAAGAGCCCAGUGAUUGGUAGGUUAUUCAUGGAUAAACUAAGGCUACAACCUGACUUCAUGCCUCUUGAUAUUCAACGCCAUAUUAAGGAGCAAUGGAAAUUUGGAAGUACUAUUGGCCAAGUUCAGAGAGGAAGACUUCUAGCAUUGAAGUGGCUAAAGGAUGAAUAUGAUCAACAAUUUGCUCAUCUCCGAGGCUAUGUUGCUGAAAUUAAACUUUCUAAUCCGGGAUCAACUGCAUUUGUUGAUUGUGUCUCUAAUGCUGCUGGGGAAGAUGUAUUUGAUCGGAUAUAUGUAUGUCUUGGAGCAAUGAAGAAUGCAUUCUACUAUUGUAGACCAAUCAUUGGUAUUGAUGGAACCUUCUUGAAGCAUGCUAUUAAAGGUUGUCUAUUGGCUGUUAUUGGUCAUGAUGCAAACAACCAAAUAUAUCCAAUAGCAUGGGCAACCGUUCAAGCUGAGAAUGCUGACAACUGGCUUUGGUUUAUGAAUCAGUUAAAGCUUGACUUGAAUCUAAAAGAUGGGAGUGGGUAUGUAGUCCUCUCAGAUCGUUGCAAGGGAAUCAUAAGUGCAGUAAAAAGUGUAGUACCAAAUGCUGAGCACAGGCCGUGUGUCAAGCAUAUAGUUGAGAACUUGAAGAAGAGACAUGCAAAUAAAGAUUUCUUGAAGAUGCAUGUGUGGAAUUUAGCUUGGAGUUACAGCCAUGAUGAAUAUAAAGCUAACUUGAAUGCGAUGAGGGCAUACAGUCUGUCUUUGUAUGAAGAUGUCAUGAAGGAGGAACCAAAAACUUGGUGUAGACCUUUUUUUAAGAUCGGUAGUUCUUGUGAGGAUGUAGACAACAAUGCAACAGAGUCAUUUAAUGCAACAAUCGUUAAAGCAAGGGCAAAGGCAUUGGUUCCAAUGAUGGAAACAAUUAGAAGACAAGCAAUGGCACGUAUAACAAAGAGAAAAGAAAAAAUACUCAAAUGGAAGAAAAAGAUAUCUGAGUAUGUGUCAGAUAUUCUGGAAAAGGAGGAAGAAGAAGCUAUGAGAUGUGAAGUCUUAAAAGGAACACAUGGUAAGUUUGAGAUUUGGGUUGAUGGGAAUUCAAAUGGUCUGAACUUGACUUCAGGAAAAUGGGAAUGCUCAUGCUGCAAGUGGCAAGUGACCGGAAUUCCAUGUGAGCAUGCUUAUGCAGCAAUCAUAGAUGUUGGUAAAGAUGUUGAAGAUUUUGUAUCUCCAUUCUUUGGUUCCCAAGUAUGGCUAGAACAAUAUGAAACAGGUCCUGAUCCAGUGAGAGGUCAUCGGUUUUGGAUGACCAAUAGCAACUACGGCCUACUGAAACCACCGCCAGAACCAAACCUACCUGGUAGAAAGAAAGGAUCAAAGAAGAACUUUAAACGGAUCAAGGGUAAGCUCGAGUCCCCAACGAAAAAGAAUGGAAGAAAAGGUAAAGAACCAGAGAUACUCAAACUAUCGAGGAAAGGAAGGACAAUGCUUGGUUUUGUUUGCUACGUCUCAUUUUAG